AUGAUAUCCUCUCCGCAGGGGCCUCAACAAGGUCCAAACCCCGCCCGACCGGAAUGGCAAUCCUGGAAGUCGUGGAACACGCUUGCACUGGAUUUGCUGAAUAUCCCGAAGGAGGUCAACACACAUGAUCUAUAUGAAGCACUGAGCAAAGAAGGAAACAUAAUGUGCAUUGAUAUUUGGGAGAAUAAGCCUGGCGACCGAAUGACAAAAGGACGCGUGCGCUUCCGACCUCCGCCUGCAGACAUCUCAUGGGCACAGAAGCCAUAUCGCAUCAAGCUCCGAAGCGGUGGCACUCAUUUGCUCCUUUUUCAGAUCUCUGACUCGCAUACCGAGACUAUCCCAAGUCCAGUGCGACCGGGCAUCCAGCUACCUAUUGAAACUGAGCUGAGAACCACUCAAGUGGAUAUAGGUGUUCUGUUGGGCGAGACCACCACGCACUUCAUGCAGAGCUUUACAGCUGCUGCUCGCCCCAGAUUUGUAGUGGACGUCAGGCUCAAGUGCAUCUUUAUUUACUUCAAGGUGGGCCUUCGAGGAUCAGGGCCAGGACCAGCCAAAGGAGAUCUCACUCAGCACGACUAUCGCCUCAAAAUUACUUUUCUUCAGUUGUCAGAGGUCUUUGAAAGAUUCGACAAGAUCUCUCAGCAGGCCUCUCUUCUGAUCGUUCUGGAUUCCUCUGUGAUCUGCCACCGAAAAGUGAAAGACCUUCAAAUGACCUUCACAGAGCCCCGAAUCUGGAGGGAAGAGGACUCCUGGUAUCGCCAGACAACGGUGGCCCACAACCCGAUAUUUUUAAGGAAUGCUGCUACUAACUUGAAGAGACCGGGCCAAAUAAUUGAUUUGGGCAGAUGGAACGUCCUUAGGGUUACGUUUGCACCUGAACAAGUCAUAGAGCCCCGGCUUUCUAAACCUCCCGUCAAUCCCUUCACGAAAGCCCGUGAUAUCUUUCAAGACUAUAACAUCACUGUCAAGGAUGGCAACCAUUUCAUUGAGAGUCCAGAUCGACCAGUACCAGUGUGGCAAUGGAUAGACUUUUCGGAGUCUGCCCCUGCCUCUGCCUCCACCAAGGCUUCGGCCCUGCUGAAGGACCUGGAAGACCAGACCUAUGAGUAUCUCUCAUUUGAGAUUCGUUAUCAGCUUGAGGUUUGCUUGUCACAAGGGUUUCUCUCGGAGUAUACAAUGACCCGUCGGUUUGUUCAAGAGCUGAAGAGCCUCGGGGAUGGGCGAGCCCGACGACUGCUUGAAUUUGUGGCGUCGGAGAAAACGAAGUACCUUGACCCGAUGAAGAUAUUUGACCUCAAAUUCGUCAAAGGGGUGACCAACUCAAGGAUUCCGAGCUAUUGCUGCCACAUGCGCACGGCACGCAUUACACCAACAACGAUCUAUUACAAUACCCCAACAGUCGAUAUAUCAAACCGAGUGGUGCGGCAGUGGUCAGGCAAUCACAAGGCAGGCCGCUUCCUUCGUGUUCGAUUCACGGAUGAGAAAACUGAAGGACGUAUCAACGCAUCCAUGGGGGACUCCAACGAUGAGAUCUACACGCGCGUGAAAAGGACCCUGGCAAAUGGAAUCACCAUUGGCAGUCGUCACUACGAAUUUCUCGCAUUUGGCAAUUCGCAGUUCCGUGAACACGGCGCGUAUUUCUUUGCAUCAGAGGCGGGCAUUUCAGCGGCGACUAUUCGAGCCUGGAUGGGACAAUUCAAUCAUAUUCGCAACGUUGCCAAGUACGCCGCCAGACUAGGCCAGAGCUUCUCGACCACUCGGGCGUUUACCACCUCUUCGGUGCAAACUGUUCAAUGCGAGGAAAUAGUCCGUAAUGGUUGCACUUUCUCAGAUGGUGUCGGAAAGAUCUCAACCUUCCUGGCUCGACUUUUGACUGAGGAGCACGGUCUGCAAACUUGGAACGGGGAGCCUCCUUCCGCCUACCAGUUCCGUCUUGGUGGAUCCAAAGGAAUGCUUGUUAUUUCCCCGGAUCCUCUCCCACAGGAAGUGCACCUUCGACCGAGUCAACAGAAGUUCGAAGCGACCCAUAACGGGUUGGAGAUCAUCCGUUGGUCUCAAUACUCUCUUGCAACGCUUAAUCGUCAGCUGAUUCUUGUCCUAUGUGCGCUGGGCAUCACAGACGACGUGUUCCUGCAGAAGCAAAAUGUCAUGCUCACCAGCAUCCAGGAGGCUAUGAGCAGCGACGUAAAGGCCAUGGCACUACUGCAAAAAUACAUUGACCCUAAUCAAACCACCCUUACGCUCUCUAGAAUGGUCAGCUGUGGCUUCCGGAAGACCAAUGAGCCGUUCAUGAACACCAUGCUCGGCCUCUGGAAAGCAUGGCAUCUGAAAAAUCUCAAAGAAAAGGCAAAGAUCGCAAUCGAUGCAGGCGCAGAUCUGCUCGGAUGUAUUGAUGAGACGGGCACCCUGAAAGGUUAUUAUAAGGAUAAGGUUUCCGCUGCUCGCUCAUACGAAGAGAGGCUGGCGGCCCUGCCCGAGAUCUUCGUCCAGGUCUGUCGCGAGGACCAAUAUGGCAGGUAUGAGAUCAUUGAGGGUCUCUGCAUCCUGGCCAGAAACCCUUCCCUUCACCCCGGCGACGUACGCAUUGUCAAAGCAGUCAAUCGACCAGAGCUGCGAGAGCUACGAGAUGUCGUGGUUCUUCCGCAGACUGGCGAUCAUGACGUUGCAAGUAUGUGCUCCGGGGGCGAUCUUGAUGGAGACGACUACUUGAUUAUCUGGGAUCCCGACCUAAUCCCCAAUGACUGGUUCGUUGAGUGCAUGGACUUCAAGUCGAAGAAGGCUCCGGAUCUCGAUCACGAUGUGACAGUGGAUGAAGUCACUUCUUUCUUCGUUACUUACAUGAAGAAUGACUGCCUGCCAAGAAUUGCACACGCCCACAUGGCCUGGGCUGAUAUGCAAGAAGGUGGUGUCCGGUCCGAUAAGUGUCUCCGUCUCGCGAAGCUCCAUUCCGAUGCCGUUGAUUAUAACAAAACGGGGGGACACGCAAUUAUGAGCCGGGACUUGGUUCCCAAGAGAUGGCCACACUUCAUGGAGAAGCGAUUCAAGCGGGAGGAUGCCAUUUAUCAUUCUCGCAAAGUUCUCGGGCAGCUGUACGAUACAGUCAUUGCUCCCGACUUUGUCCCGAAUCUUGCGAUGCCCUUCGACUCUCGUAUCUUGAAUAGUCCACUGGUGCCCGCAAGUAAUGUUUACAUGGACACAGCCCGAAGUCUCAAAGCCGAAUGGGAUCUCAACAUGCUACAGGUCAUGGCGCAGUAUGAAAUUAAGACCGAGUUUGAAGUCUGGUCAACCUUUGUUCUUCGCCACGGCUUCGUGUUGAAGGACUUCAAGAUGCAGGAAGACCUCGGAAGAAUCGUAGGCACCAUGCGUCGAGGAUUCCGUCAAGCCUGCUAUGACAAAGCUGGCCCGGGCAGCAUUGCCUCUCUGGUCCUCGCCAUGUACCGAGUGACCGAGGAGCAAAUGACAGCCGCUCUCAAGGCCCAAGAAAAGGAAAAGGUACUCCGUGAAAGCCUGUCCAACGUGCAGACCUCCCCCACCGAGCUCCCGCUGAUCACCUUCCCUUGGGUGUUUCCCGAAGUUUUGGGUGACAUCGCGAUGAACAGAGUUCAAGCCCCGGUCCUGAUUCCAAUUUCAGACGAUGACCCCGAUGCUCAGGCUACGAUGCCAGCCGGCGUAGCUCCCAUGUUCGACUGGACCCAUGCUCGGGAGAUAUUCCAAAGCAUGCAGGACGAGACCGAAGCCACGGCAGACCCAACGCGCCCGAUUGGAGAUUUGAUUUCUCUGUCCUCAGAAUCCGAUGGACCAGAUAGUAAACUCCCUCGCACAAUUGGUGACGAUCGAGACUCAGGUGUGUACUUUGUAGGGCGUGAGAACGGUGUUGAAGAUGGAAGUAAGAAGUCAGCCGGCAAUAUUCUCGAAGUUCCAGACGAAGGGUUUGCGAAUGGGGCGGAGAGCGAUACUCGACUGGCACACGGGCAAGUUGCCAAACUGGCCCACAAGAUUGAAGCAAAUGAGGAACUGGAUAUGGUCGAGCAGGAGGGAGACAUCAAGUCGUCAGCUCUGGAUGCGCUCAUUAACAUGAUCAGCAAUUAG